AAAUUAAAGAUAAUUAUUUUUGCUGCAAGAAGAGGGAGAGAUGUUUGAUAUUUUCUUUGAAUAUCUUUCUGAUCUAUUCAGUUUUCCUGUGGACAGGGUCCGCUAUGUGACACUGUUCCUUGUAUCUUUUCCAUUGGCUAGUCUCCUCCGUAUUGUUCUUCAUUAUUCAUACACUAGUCCUACCAUCAGACACACUGUAUCUGCUCUACUCGGCCUCCUCUUUGGAUGGAUGUGCUUUCAAUGGCAGGUAUUUUAUCUGAUAGGGUUUGUAUCAGUUGGUUACAUAUUACUAAUCACACUACCACCAACCAUUGUACAAAGAUAUUCAAUGAUAUAUGCUCUCAUUGGUAUUAGUACUGGACACAUUUAUCGUUUAAUAACUGAUUAUGGAGGAUACACUCUUGACUUUACUGGUCCACUGAUGCUGCUGGUUCAAAGGGUCUCCUAUGUUGCUUAUGCUUAUCAUGAUGGAGUAGCAAGGGAUGAAAAGGAUCUCAGUGAUGAUCAAAAGAAACUGAAAAUUAGUUCCAUACCGUCUCUUUUGGAGUAUUUCAGUUAUAACUUUAGUUUCAUGACUUUCCUUGCUGGCCCGACUGUUGCUUAUAAAAAUUAUGAUGACUUCAUAACUGGAGCAAAUUUUACUCAAGCAACCAAUAAUAAAUCUACCACAGAGCCUAGUCCACUCAUUCCAACAUUAAAGACAUUUCUCCUCAGUAUGACAGCUCUUAGUAUCGUUGCCAUUGGUUCAUCGUGGACUGAUACCAGUCUACUGUUAGAUCCUAGUCUACAGUUACCCAGGCGAUUAUUCAACACGUUAUUAUUCUGUAUUGUGACAAGGUCCCCAUAUUACUUCUCUUUCCUGAUUACUGAGACUGCAUGUAAUGCUGGUGGUUUAGGAUUCACUGGUUACGAUAAAGAAGGGAGAGAAGUCUGGGACUUGGCUAAGAGCAUUAACUUUAAAGGCUAUGAGUUUGGAGCUAAUCCUAGGGAAAUGAUAAUGUCUUGGAAUAUGAAGACUGCCCUUUGGAUUAGAAGGGUGUUUUACGAGCGUGGAGCAUCAGUUAUACAGGCAAAUGUUGUAUCAGCCCUGUGGCAUGGUUUCUAUCCUGGCUACUAUUUAUCGUUCACCAUGGUAGCAUUUGGAUCAAUCACCGGGCGUAAGUUGAGGUAUUUACUCUGGCACAGGUUCCAGUCGCCACGCUAUGUUAAGAUACUUUAUGACAUAUCAUCAACAGUGUCGACUGUCUUGUUUAGAGAGUUCAUUCAAGUCACAUUCUUAUUGCUAACAAUAGAAAAUAUAUUGACCUAUUGGAGGCAUUUGUAUUUUGCUCCAUUCUUUAUUUUACUUUUCACGGCUCUUGUCCUGCCCGACAAGAAAAGACAAAAGAAGUCGGAAUGAAUAGAUAAUAUGUAUUUAAAAAAACUAUUUUUGAGAUCAAUUUAUUUCAAAGUAAACUCAAAAAUAUUUAUUAUUCCUUCUGUUUUGUUUUGCUUAUUUUUUUCAUGACAUUUUUAAAGUGUCAAAUACCA